CGCAGACUGUUGUUGUCACUUGUCAGUGUGUAACUGGUGUAGCUCUGCCAAACGUACGUCCACACCACUAGACGUAUCCGAAGUAUUUCCAUAGUUAACAUUUAUUCAUUUAAUCCCUUGUUGCUGGAAUCCGAGGCACUGAACUUGACAGGCUGCCAGUACAGUCGUCAGCAUCAGUGCUCAAACUGUACACAGAAUAAUAUUUAUUCUUCUCGUUUGCAUCAAACUCGAGUUUUAAAAAAGAAAAGUUUACAAUGAGUGAAUCAACCAAAACUGCUGCUGAGAAAAUGAAAGAACGUAUGGAACGAUUGAAAAAUCUUCAUUUAAAAAGAAAUGAAGCUCGUCAACACAAUCAUAAAGCAGUUGUCGAAGAGGAUAAGCAGAAGAAGCUACCCUCGAAUUGGGAAGCGAGGAAACGUCAAGCGGACUGGCUUCUGCAAGACGAAGAGGCUAGAAAAAAAGCAGCAGAAGAAGGUUUAGAUUAUGACAGGACCAAACUUCUUCACAUUGAUGCCACUGAAGCAGAGCGGCUAGCCAGAAAAAAAAAGAAAACUGCACCCAAUGAUGGAUUCAGUGAUUUUGAACAGGCCACUGUUCGUCAAUAUAACCGAUUAGUAAAGGGAAUCAAGCCCAACAUGGAAAGUUAUGAAGAGGCCAAAGAAAAGUUGGGGCCUGCAUUUUAUGGAGAUCCUAACACUAUUCUUCAUGGAUUGCACAAAGACAAAAAAGAAGCCAUUGACAAAAUGGUAGACGAUUUGGAGAAACAAUGUGCUAAACGAGAAAAGUACAGUAGGAGAAGACGUCACAAUGAUGAUGAAGAUAUUGACUACAUCAAUGAUAGAAAUGCCAAAUUCAAUAGAAAAUUGGAGAGGUUCUAUGGAGAACAAACUAAAGUUAUUAAAGAAAAUUUGGAACGUGGAACUGCUAUAUAAUUUAUCAGAAUUAAUAUGUUAUUUUUAAUAGCAUAAAUAAGAUAUAAGUUAUUGUAAAUAUAGUUGGUUAAGUAAAAUUGUGUAACAGUAUUAUUUCACUGUUCAGUUGGAUUACAUACUAUUUUAAAUAUUUGAAGCUUUUAAGUAACAAAACAAAUCUAUGUAAAUACAUUUGAAUCAUUAAAAUUAUAUAGACAAGCGAUGCAUAAAUAAAAUAAAUUAUUUAAUUCAA